CUUGCGCCUGGACUUGCUCGCGACAAUUACGUACAGUAUGGCGUUCAACCUUCUUGCCGCGCAUUAAACUUCUUCGCCCCGUCACGUGACACUCUCGGAAUCCGCGCGUUGGGCUCUCUCGCAGGGUGGUCUCGCAGAACGGAAUAAGGCUGGAUCCAGACUGCAGACUGACAUUCGAACUCAUCCGCCCAACCCCUCCAUACCACUCACACACACACAGCAAGACCAUGUCCGCCGCCGCAUUGGAGUCUCUCGCACGGUGGGCCGUGCCCAUCGGCGCAGUCGUCAGCGGUCUGCAGUACAGCAUCUACAACGUGGAGGGAGGCCAAAGAGCAGUAAUCUUCGACCGUUGGCGCGGAGUCGACCAAACCGUCGUCGGCGAAGGCACACACUUCCUCGUCCCAUGGCUCCAAAAAGCUUACAAAUUUGACGUCCGCACCAAACCCCGCAACAUCUCCACCACGACAGGGUCCAAGGAUAUGCAGAUGGUCUCUCUCACCUUGCGUGUGUUGCACAGGCCGGAGAUUUCAAAGAUUCCCGUCAUCUUUUCCAACUUGGGACAGGAUUAUGAUGAUAGGGUGUUGCCGUCGAUCGGAAACGAGGUGUUGAAGUCCAUUGUCGCCCAGUUUGAUGCUGGGGAGUUGAUUACCCAGCGUGAUCAGGUCUCGCAAAGGAUUCGGGAGGACCUGCACAAGCGUGCUCGCGAAUUCAACAUUGUUCUCGAAGAUGUAUCUCUGACACACUUGACAUUCGGCAAAGAUUUCACUGACGCUGUCGAACAAAAAGUAAUCGCACAACAAGAAGCCGAGCGCGCCCGUUUCGUCGUCGAAAAAGCCGAACAAGAACAGCUCGCAGCCAUCAUCCGCGCCGAGGGAGAAUCGCAAGCUGCGCAACUGGUCUCCAACGCAUAUAAGAAGUCUGGCCAGGCCCAUUUGGAGUUGCGGAGGAUCGAGGCGUCGAAGGAUAUCGCGACCAGCUUGUCUUCGGCGAGGAACGUGACGUACUUGCCGUCGAACAAGGGGGGAAGCGGAACGAACAUGCUGCUGAAUCUUGGUCAAUAGAGCGCUGCGCCUGGGCUUUAGAUAAACUUAUGCGGCGUUGGAGCGGUUGGUAGCGUAGCGAAAGCGAAAAAGGGCGAUGUAUUUCCUUUAACUCGGCCAUCCCCAUGUGUAGAUAGUUUCACUUAUGUCUGAAAUGAGUCCGUCAAAUCACCCCCAUCGGAAAAAGAUCUCUCAUGAAGGCGAUUCGAACAAAGUGAGGAAAAAGAAGUUUCGUGUGGAACGUCGAAGAGAG